AUGGAAAAUAAGGGACAGGAAAUUCACGGAAAUAAGAAACGGGCAAUUCUCAGAAAUAAGAAACGGGCAAUUCUCAGAAAUAAAGAACAGAAAAUUAUUAGUGAAAAUGUCAGUCCAUUUGAACUGAUCAUAC